ACAAACGCGGAACACAAAAAGCGUUGUCCAUUAUGAGAGACACAACUAGUCGGACUCAACGAAAACAUGGGUUACGUCAGCCUGUGCCUUUUAACAAUUAUCAGUAGCGUAUUUUCAACUAAUUUUGGAGCACAAAUUAAAACAAAUGAAAGACCUAUAAUUGGUGUUCUUGCGCAGGAGGUGUUUGAUCCACAGCCCGGUAAAAAUGCUUAUAUUGCGGCGUCUUACGUGAAGUUCCUGGAGUCAGCCGGUGCUCGUGUGGUGCCUCUGAUGAUCAACAAGUCUGAAGAGGAGUACACACGGCUCUUUAAAUCCAUAAAUGGAGUUCUGUUUCCUGGUGGUGGAGUCAGUUUAAAAUCAUCUGAAUACUCCAAAGCAGCAGGCAUUCUCUACAGACUUGCCCUUCAGGCCAACUCAAAUGAAGAUUAUUUCCCCAUAUGGGGAACCUGUUUAGGAUUCGAGCAGCUCACACUGUUAACAAGUGGAGAGUUGUUACUGUCCCACACAAACACCAGCGGUGUUGCCCUGCCAUUAGACUUUACAGACGAAAUCAAAGAGAGCAGACUGUUCAAAGACUUUCCUCAAGACCUCAUGGACUCAUUGGCAACAGAACCGCUCACGGAGAACUCUCACAAAUGGAGUAUUACUACAGAGAGGUUUUCUAAGAGUGACCGACUGAAGACGUUCUACAGAGUCUUGAGCACCAACACCGAUGGACAAUAUGAGUUUGUGUCCACAAUGGAAGCGUAUGACUUCCCCAUCUACGCCACUCAGUGGCACCCAGAGAAGAACGCCUUUGAGUGGACUCGGCCAUACAUUCCCCACUCGCCUUCAGCCAUUAAGACCACCUUCUACAUGGCACACUUUUUUGUUAAUGAAGCGAGGAAAAGUUUCCACCGCUUUGCCAGUACGGAGGACGAGCAGAAGGCGCUGAUCUAUAACUACAGUCCUGUGUACACUGGAACCAAAAGUGCAUUCGAACAAAUAUACCUUUUUGAUUAAUUUCUUUAAUACAAAAA